AUGAGCUUCAGUCUGCCCGCUCGGCCGCCCUGCCGCGCCAUUAUGCAUCUUGAUCUUGAUGCAUUCUACGCACAGGUUGAAGAGCGUCGACUCGGCGUCCCUCCAGGCGCCGAUGUCCCGUUUGCCGUGAUUCAGUGGGGCAUGAUUAUCGCCGUCAACUACGCGGCGCGCAAGCACGGCGUCGCUCGCUUUGAGCUGAUUCAGAACGCGUGGAAAAAGUGCCCGAUUCUGCGCGCGGUGCACGUCCAGACAUUCACUGGCGAUGGCACACAGCCACAGGGCUACUAUCCAAACCCGCGCAAGGCCACGCACAAGGUCUCGCUGGACGCCUACCGCGACACGUCCGCGCGGAUUUUCGACGUGCUCGAGCGUGCAACUUCAGCGCCAAUCCAGAAGGCGUCCGUCGACGAGGCCUUCUUUGAUCUGACCGAGAUUGCCUGGCAGAGGCUGUGUGCGUGGCACGGCAGGCUGCUGCGUGCUCGACGGGAGCAGCUGGAGUCCGAGUCCGAGUCCGAGCCAGAGAGAACGAGCAUCGUGAAUGGCGUUGUUCCAGCCAUCCCCGCUCCUGCGACCCACUCGACAGCCACAGUCGAUGAGAAUCAUGGCGUGAUGCCUAAUGAUGAAGCGUCGAGCCCAAGAGCAGCAGUCCAUCCUGCAACUACGGCGCCACACAACGACGUUGAACCCGAUCGUGAAUUUCGCACGACUCCAACAGCAACAACAACAACAACAACAACAGCAACAGCAGCACCUCUUGUGCUCGACAAGCAUGAUGUCGUGUCCGUCAGUGGGCUCAAUCCAGCUGCCAAUCGGCCCAUUGUGCAAGUCGCGUCGGGAAUCGAACCAAUCCAUGCUGGCCAAUUUGCAGAUUACCAGCGUCUUCCGUCGCAACCAGUGCCCUCGGGCCCUACUUUUACCGCCGACGGUGUGAUUGAUUGGAGCACCGUGGGCGCAAUCCAGCGCGACCAAGCCAUUUCGAAGGAAGAGGCAGAGUGGGUGGCUGAGCUUGACGACGACGGGUCUUCCACUCAUGCUGCUCAUUCGACAGCAGCAGCAGCAGCAGCCGCAGCAGCAGCGGUGGAUGAGCACAUGGUCAGCGACAUGAUGGUGGAUGACUUUGACGAGACAGGAUAUGAUUUUCAUGAUGCGACCGAGCUGGACGAAUCCGACGCGUGGGCAGUUGCCGACGCAGCCAGCAACAAGACCAACCCUGCGCUUUUUGACGCGAGCCAUGCAUCCGUCAGCCUGCCCGGCCCAAGCAGUUCCACCACCGCAGCGCUUGUUGCGCCGCCAGAAUCAGACCUAGUGGCAUCCAUCCACCCUUCUACCGCCGAUAUAGCACCAACCGCCAGGGAUGCAGCGAAUCCCACCUUGCUGCUUCUCUGGUUUGCAGCUCAAAUCACCUUGGAGAUUCGCAAUGCUGUUUUAAACCAGCUGGAUUUCCACUGCAGUGCUGGCAUUGCCGAAAACAAGAUGCUCGCCAAGUUGGCAAGCUCGCUCAACAAGCCGAACAAGCAAACGACUGUCACGUCCACCGGCGCCAUCGCACUGAUGCGGUCAUUGCCCCUGCGAAAGAUUCGCGGAUUGGGCGGCAAGCUGGGUCGUGAGGUGUGCAAGCGGCUCGGCGAUAUCGAGCUGGCCGGCGAGGUCUGGUCGUUUCCGCUGAGUCGGCUCGUGUCGCUGCUCGGUAGCGACACUGGGCCCUUUGUUUACGCGGCAGUUCGCGGACGUGACUCGUCCGCAGUUGUUCCUCGUUCCACGACCAAGUCCAUGCUCGCAGCCAAAUCCUUCUCCCCGGUUGUUGAGACGUAUCAGAGUUUGCUGGACUGGCUGCGAGUAUUGGCAUCCGAAUUGGUCUUGCGCAUGCGGGCAGACAAGCGUGUUCCGCGAACGCUGAAGGUUCAGUUCCACCGCGCAUCGCCCAAUGGACGCGCAAACAGCCAUGCCUGGUGGUUGGAGGGCAAGAGUCGGUCUUGCCCUCUGCCUCACGAUCGCUUCAACGCCGAGCUGCUGGCAUCCACUGCGUAUGGACUUCUCCCUAGCGACGCUCGCGAAAUCUUACCGUGUCUGAUGAUUGCUCUUGGCGCCGAGGGGUUGUCGGAAGGACCCGUCUCGGAGUCAAAAUCCAUCGCCGCCAUGUUCAAACGCGUGGCAGAUCGGCGUCCAGAGGCAGGGCUACAAGACUCGGUUUCUCAAGCAAGUGUAUUUGAUGCGGGCGAUGGCGCACAAGAGUCUUUGACGCACGCGGAGCCCGCAGGUGUUGGAUUGUUCUUGCACGCCUCCACGCCGCUGAACAAGCCUCCCCACACAGCCGUUGCUGACGACGAUGACGGGUUUCUCGUUGUAUGUCCAAAGUGUGGCGUGCGCACCACGAUUGAUGAGGUGGACGAGCAUGCCGAUUAUCAUGUCGCGCUUGCGUACCAGCAACAAGACCGACGCUCUCAGAUGCAGCAGCGAGAAGCGCAACUGCUCGAGCAGCAGCAGCAACAACGAGCCGCAUCAGAUCGAGAAGAGCGAUUGACUCAAAAGCGGCCACAUACAUCUCAGCCCUCGCACAAGGAAAAGCGACCUCGGGUAGGUUCGGUCAGCAGCAGCAACAGCAAUAGUAGUAGUAGUAGUGGUAGUAGUGCCAGAAAUCCAAGCAAUUCAACCUUGACAUCAUGGCUCAAGAAGGGAUCUUGAUAUUGACAAAGCCACGACGCUUCCUCUUCUUCCCCCAAUACAAUCAGAGUUUUCGUGCA